AUUAAAAUCAAGUCAGUCACUCUAAAUUAAAACUGACACCAGAAUUUACAAAUUUGUAUUCACCUAUUUGACCUUACUAUGAAAAUGAACCUGGUUACUAAAUAUGAAUCAUUAUGCAUCAGACGACAAAGACGUCCGAAAAUACGAACGAUCGUACUUUUAUGCUGCUGUGCGUAUUUUGUGAUAUGGCUGGUACAAGAAAUGAAUAGCAAUGACAAACUUGUUGAAGACUCAAAGCGGACAAAGGAUCCGCUAGUUAAUGGAGUUACACUUGAAGAUGAGCCAGAUCGAGAUUAUACGGAGAACUUUACUGAAAUUCUUGCGACUGAUCACAAAAUUGAAAAUGGCGAUAGUAAAAUAAAUGAUGGGAUGCUUGAAGCUAUAGAUCAAUCCAAAAACGAACAUAAAGCUAAACAUUUUAUCAUUUUGAGUAUGCCGAGGAGUGGAGUUUCUGUUUUUAAGGAGCUGAUGAAUCGUCACCCAGAUCUAUGGUGCUUUGAUGCCCUCCUCCUAGAAAAGCGUAAGCCGGAAAGACUCGCAAUAACUGGAGGUGUUCCCCCAAAUGAAGCCCUUUAUAAGUACAUAGCAGAGAGUAUGAAAAAGAAACAGCUUCAUGUUAAAUUAGUGGGCUUCAAAGUGACAAACGUACAACUUAGUAAAAACAAUCUCACGAUGAAAGGUUUAAUUGAUUACUUUGGCCAACCAAAUGUAAUAAUAGUUUACAGGAAGGAUCUACUACAGCAGUAUUUAUCGCUUCAACUAGCGCUCGCUCGAGGGAAAUUCAACAGCCGUGCAAAACCAAACGUCACUAAAGUAGAAGUCAACUGGGACGCGUUUACACGCUACGUUUCCAAAAUACGCCAAGGUUAUGCUGAUAGUUUAUCCACUUUUAAGGAAUACCCACACCAAAGGACUUACACUUAUGAACAAAUCGAGAAAAAUAUCACUGCUGUUGUAUUGAAUGCUUUGAGUUUUCUUAAUAUGCGAAGAUCGGCUCAAAGCUUCGUACCAAAACUUUCUAAGCAAAAUCCUAAAGAAAUUUCAGAUAAAAUUGAAAACUUUGAUGAAGUUGAAAAACUAAUAGAAGGGUAUGGAAAUCAGAGAUUUAUGGACAUAAAACAUCUUGGUACAAAUGAUAUAGAUAGUGAAUUAUAAACUUUUCUUUACGAAGAUAUACAUUAACCGGUCAAGACAAGUAGCUUAGUCAACAUUCGAUAUUCGUAUGUUCAUCAAUAUUUACUAAGAAUGGUGCCACAAUUGAAGUAAACCUCUGGUUAAUUAUUUUCAAUAAACCUAUCAGCAAACGUGUAAAUGAUAAUUUUGAUGUUCUGUUCCAUAUUGGUGUAGCAAUCUUUGGGAUAUGACCUAAAUUUCUGAUUUUCUACUGUGUCCCUGUAUACCCC